AUGACAGAUAAUAAUAAUAAUAAUAAUAAUAAUAAUAGUAUUAUCACAUUGUUAACAACAUUGUAUCGUAGUACAUAUGGUAGUAAGAAUCAAUUGAUUACUAUACAAUGUCUAGAUUCAAUAAAGACUGUUGUUAAUGUCAUCACUCUGACCUCUUCAAAUAAUAAUCAAGAUAAUCUAUUCAAUUCAAUAGCAGAUUAUAUUAAUCAACAAUUAGCCAAUAAUAAUAGUACUGGUAAAGAAAAGUCCUCAACAACACCAAUAGAUUAUCAAUUCAUUUUAUAUUUGUUAUUAGUACUUGUUAGUCUUGAAACUAAUGACUCUACUUCAUCCUCUUCAUCUAGUUCAUUUAUAUUAAAAGUAUUAAAUCAUUUUAUAUUAAAUGAUAAUAGAGUAGUUGUUAGAAAAGGUGGUAAACAACAACAACAACAAAAUCAACAACAACAAGAUGAAGAUCAUUCAUUGAUAGUUUGUAAAGCAGUUGUAUCUAUUUUAAAGGGAGAUUCAAAGGAUUUGUUGACAAGUGUAUUGGAACUAUUGAAUAAUACAUCAAAAGAGGCUGUAAAGUAUGUCUACAAGAUACUCUACCUCGUAUUACCCAAUUGCAGUGAUUCAUUCAUAUCGGUUGUAUUCCCAACUCUAUUGGACAAUAUCAAACAAACUGCCAACUCUACCAUUAGAACAUACUCUUUACAAUGUGUAUCAAUCAUUCUUAAUCGUAAAAAUCAACAACAACAAAAUAACAAAAGUAACAACAACCAAUUAUUACCAUUACUAUACACCGCAAUCUCAUCACAAUCAAGUGUAAAUGAAAGAUUAAAAUUGAUAUUCAAGUUUAAUACUCAAUUCUUGUCCAACAACAACAACAAUGGUAAUAAUGAAAAUGAAUCAUCAUCAUCAUCAUCAACAUUUAAUAUUUUGGCAGAAGAAUCAUUUUGGAAUGUUGUAGUUGUAUCACUUGUAGAUAGUGACAAUGUACCAAGGAAACAAGCACUUCAUAUUCUAAAGGCUGCUUUGUCAUUGCCAGUUCAAAGAUGGUCCGAUUAUCUACCACCAUGGGACAAUACACAAUGGAAUAUCUUUAUUUCACUCUUUGAAUGCUUCAAUGAAACAAAGUCACAUCUCUUUAAACCUGUUUGGGCAAAACUUCCUUCUCUCCUUCCUCAACCACAAAAUAAUAAUAAUAAUAAUAAUCAUGUUAUUGACCCAACAAAAUCAAAUAGUCAAUUAUAUUGGUGUGAUGUAUUGUUUCGUCGUGGAUUCACUCAUAUUAAUCCAAAUAUUAGAAGACGUGUUGUGGUUGAUAUCCUUGCCAAUCCAAUCAUAGUCGAUCUAGUUGGUCGAGAAAAGAGUUGGGAUUUGUUGCAUCGGUUGUAUCGUGCAAUUGAUCUUGUCGAUCUAUCAACACUUACAACCUAUGGAGGAAAAGAAUUAAAUGAAGCACUCACCAACUUUUACAAGUCAGUUAUUGAACAAUCGUCAAUCGACUCUAUCAAGUCAAAAUUGGUGAUUGAUAUAUUACACUAUAUCAAUACACAACACGUUCAAACACCUUCAACUCUUUUAUUACUUUUGUCAAAGGUGAUUGAAGUAAUUAAACUUGGAGUGGUAGGAAAGGACAAUGUCACUGUCGGUGAUACAUUGGUCGAGUCAUUACGAAUGAUUUUGGAACAAAGACCAGUCUCAAAUUCAGCCAUCAAUAUUCACAUUUACAAGAGUGUACUCGAGUUACUUUUAGCAACCAAUUCAUCAUCCAUCGCAGCCAAAACAAAGACUGUCUCAAUUGCACAGUUGUCCAAGUUAUUGGCAAUGUAUCCUAGACCACUUUUAAAAGAGGAACAAUUAAACGUUAAAAAAUGGUUAAACAAUGAGUGGAUCGUUCAAUAUUUAAUAGAUAAUCUUUCAACUACCCUUGCAACAGACACUAAUAGAUCGUUUGAAGCCGAACAAAUGGAUUAUGCAUCACAAUCAUGUUUACUCUUAUUUGCAGAUUCAUUAGAGAAAUAUUUAUUCUAUUAUCAUAUCCUCUCCUUUUCCUCUUCAUCCACUUCAUCUUCUUUGGUAAUGAUUAAGAAAUUAUCAUUAAUUUAUUAUAUUUCAUUGGAUAAUCCAACUAUAUUAUCAAUCAUUCCAUUGUUACAAUCACCAAUGUCAUCAUUGGAUCGCAGCGGAAUUAUUAAAGCAUUAAUGGAUAUUCCAGAAUCAUGGCCAUUUAGAGCUCCAUUUGAUUAUAAGAGAUUUGGAUUACUCGAUUAUCCACUAAUCAUUAGACGUCCAAUGGAUUUGGGUACCAUCCAGAAAAGUUUAAAUGAUGGUGUUUACAACAACAACGAUCAACCAUCAGCCACUUUAUCUUUCAACGAUGAUUGUAAAUUGGUAUUUACAAAUCAAAUCAUAUUUAAUCCACCAUUUUCAAGAGAAUCAAAACAAGCAAAAAUAUUUUUAUCAAUAUUAAAUAUAUUGAUUGAUUUACAAACAAAUAAUCAACAACAACAAACAGUAAAUGAAAUCAUUUUACAAUUUAUUAAAGAGGACAACAAAGAGGAAGAAGAUAACAGACAAGAUAAUCAAAUCAUUAAUCAAUUUAAAUGGGUUGAAAUGAUUAUUCAAUUAUUGGCAUCAUCCAACAACAGCAACAAACAAAGUAAUCAAGAUAUUUUAGAGUAUAGUCAACAAGUAGUAUUAAAUUAUACUAGUUUUGAUAUUAGAAAAUUAUCAAUGUCUAUUUUCAUUUUGGUCAAAUUGGGUAGCAAUAUUGAAGAUCAAUCAAUAUUGUUGGAUAAAUUAAUUGAUAUGACACCAAAAUAUAAAUUCAAUAGUACAACUUCCUUUUUAUUGCCAAGAUUAUUACAAUAUCGUUGGGAAUUUAUUUUGCAACUUUUACAACUUUCAUCAUCAAAUAGUGUUGUUAAUCAUCAAUCCAAAAAUGAAAAGAUAUUUACAAAUGCUAUUGAAUUGUUGGAUAUUGCAGCAUCACCAUCAUUACCAGCAAUAUUUGAUUGUUUGGCAUUGGUAGCAUCUACAACAAAUGAAAUCUUGCACGACACUGAUAAAAUGACCCAACUAUUCAAAAAUGUCUAUCAAGCAUUCUCAGACUCUAACAAAACAAAUCAAUUAGUAUUAUCAUUUAUCAAUGUAUUAUUUAAUCAAAUUUAUUUCCAUCAACCUACCAUUAUACCAUUACUAAAAGAAUAUUUAAAAAAAACAUUAGAUCAAUGGGGAGAAUCAAAUCGUAUAAGUUGUGGAUUACUUGGUCAUUGUUGUGCCAUUUGGUCAACUUAUUUGGAUACGAUUGAUCAAUUUAAACAAGAGAUUAUAGAUCUUUGUUUACUUUCACAAGAGGAUAAUAAUCAAACCAUUCAAGAGGAUCAAUCAUCUACAUCGUCCACAUUGAAAAUAACAAGUAACCAUGGAUAUAUUGUUAGAUGGUUUGUUUCUCAAUUGAAUAAUCAUAGUGACAAGGACCCGAGAGCAGUUUUAUUUGUUAGAUCAUUGAUGAUUUCAAUGUUGGAAAUGAAUAUUCAAGGAGAACUUGGUCAUCGUGAAUAUUCUCAACAAAGUCGAACCAACAAGAUGAAAUGCAAGUUGUGGAGAACACUUUGUUCAUUAACCCAUGUAAUUGGUGUGUUUGACGAUACUGAACAUACAAAACGCGUACACGAGUUAAUGUGGAAGAUCCUUGAAAUCAAGAAUCAUCCAAAUGUCAGAUACCUCAUUCAACUCUUUAUCAUCAAUGUCAUGGUACUAUCACAGUCUACACAAACUAGUGUUGACCUAUUAAUCAACCACUUGGCCAACGUAAAUACCGACUAUCAAAUGUCUGCGUCGGUCGUUAUCAUCUCUACAUCUUAUCUGUACUAUUUAUUGAGACAAUUCAAUAACAAUGGUGAGAAGAAGGAUAACCCUAUUGACCAAGUGUUGAUUACCAAACUAUUCAAGAGUAUUGUACCAUGGGCAACUGAUUUCCAUCAUGCUGUUCGUACAUGUGCACAAUUGGCCAUCCACACUAUUCUGUCACGUUAUCCAAAUCCAUUAUUAUCAACCCUGUCUGGAGAGGAUUCACAAAUCAUUCAAAGUAUCUACAACUACUUGGAUAAUAGUAAUCUUCACAAGAGAUUAAGAGAAAAACAAUCAUUGUUUAUCCAAAAUGAUGAUCCUCUAAAGAAUGCAUUGGCAAGCAAUAUUUUCUCAACAAACAAAAACACCAACUUGGUCGUCGACAAUGAUGACGAUGAAAAUAAUCAAGAUGAUAACAACAACAACAACAAUGAUGGAGACCAAGAAGAAGAUGCAGAAUUAACUCAAGGACUAUCAGCAAUUGAUGAGUCGGUUGUACCAAUGUCAUUGUUGGAUAUUGCUAAAAGAGUCAUUAAAGAUUUCCAAUCAAGUUUCCAAAAUAGAGGAUCAAAUCAACAAUCAUCUUCUGCUGCUGCAGGAGGAGAGGGAGAAGAUUUCCAAAAACGUAUCAUACCAGAAUUAAUGUCAAUCGAAGACAAUUCUAAUAUUAUUGGUGGUGAAAAUAAUAAUAAUAAUACGGUCAAUACAAACAAAAAUCAAAGACAAGAAAUGAUAGUAGUAGCAACCUUUGUAGAAAAUACACCAAAUAUUGCUGGUUUAAUUCGUACGUGCGAGAUUUUCAAUGUAACCGAAGUUGCCAUCCCCAAUCUCAAACUAUUAAACGAUCCUCAAUUCCAACGUGUUAGUGUCAGUGCCGACAAAUGGGUUCCAAUUGUUCAAGUUGCCAGAACCAACUUGCAAGCCUAUUUAAUUCGUAAAAAGGAAGAAGGUUAUGCUAUCAUUGGUGUUGAACAAACUAGUCAAAGUAAAAGUUUAUCAACUUUUGUUUUCCCAACAAAAUGUUUACUUUUAUUAGGUCAAGAACAGAAUGGUAUACCAAGUGACUUUUUAAAUCUUGUUGAUUAUUGUGUAGAGAUUCCACAAUUUGGCAUCAUCAGAUCCUUAAAUGUUCAUGUCAGUGGGUCAAUUGUACUUUGGGAGUAUUCACAACAACAAAUUUUAAAAUCAAUUACAAAUAAUGAAAAUAGCGACAUCAACAACAACAAUGAGUAG